AAAUUUCGUUUAACCAAUACAGCUAAAUAGUCAAAUUUCUGGUCCAAUUCUUCCUAUAUAAUACCAAUUCCUUUCCAAAAAGUUAUACAACAAUAUCUUAGUUUUUAUCAAUUCCAAAAUUUUGGUUCUUUGAUCAUAUUACUGCAUUUUCAGAACAAAGAGUUUUUUUUUCAAAUGGAGAGUGUGAAUAAGAAGACAUUUGAACUUGGUGUACACCAAGAAGAACCAACACUUGUUCCUCCAGCAGAGGAAACAGAGAAGGGAUUGUAUUUCCUAUCGAACCUGGACCAGAACAUCGCGGUGACUGUUCGUACGAUUUACUGCUUCAAAUCUGAUACAAGAGGCAAUGAGGAAGCUGUUGAAGUUAUCAAGAAUGCUUUGUCUACAGUUCUUGUUCAUUACUACCCGCUCGCUGGAAGAUUAACAAUAAGCUCAGAAGGGAAACUUAUAGUGGAUUGUACAGGAGAAGGUGCUGUAUUUGUUGAGGCUGAAGCUAACUGUGGUAUAGAAGAAAUAGGUGACAUAACAAAGCCUGACCCUGUGACCCUUGGGAAGCUGGUUUAUGAUAUUCCUGGUGCCAAGAACAUUCUUGAGAUUCCUCCUCUCGUUGCUCAGGUGACCAAGUUUAAAUGUGGAGGGUUUGUUCUUGGUCUUUGUAUGAACCAUUGCAUGUUUGAUGGGCUUGGAGCUAUGGAAUUUGUGAACUCAUGGGGCGAAACUGCCAGGGGUUUACCUUUAAAAGUUCCUCCAUUCCUAGACAGAAGCAUACUCAAAGCAAGAAACCCACCAAAAAUAGAGUCUCUACACCAUGAAUUUGCUGAGAUACAAGAUAUAUCAGACACCAGCAAACUCUAUGAAGAAGAAAUGCUUUACAGAUCCUUCUGUUUCGAUCCCGAAAAGCUUCAACACCUCAAAGAAAAAGUCAUGGCAGAUGGGGUUCUUAAAAAAUGCACAACAUUUGAAUCCCUCUCUGCUUUUGUCUGGAAAUCUAGAACUCAGGCUUUAAGGAUGAAACCUAACCAGAAAACAAAGCUCCUCUUUGCAGUAGAUGGUCGUCCAAGAUUUGAACCACCAAUUCCAAAAGGGUAUUUUGGCAAUGCAAUUGUGUUGACAAAUUCAAUAUGCAAUACUGGAGAAAUGUUGGAAAACCCAAUCUCAUUCUCCGUGGGACUUGUUCAAAAGGCAGUCCAAAUGGUCACAGACAAUUAUAUGAGAUCUGCCAUAGAUUACUUUGAAAUGACCAGAGCUAGGCCUUCUCUUGCAGCUACUCUUCUGAUCACAACCUGGUCUAGACUGUCUUUUCACACCACAGAUUUUGGUUGGGGAGAGCCUGUUUUAUCAGGACCAGUGGCUUUGCCAGAGAAGGAAGUGAUUUUAUUCCUUUCUCAUGGAAAAGAGAGGAAAAGCAUAAAUGUUCUUUUGGGUUUGCCAGCUUCUGCAAUGAAGAUCUUUGAGGAGUUGAUGCAGAUAUGAAGAUGGAAAAUUCUAUAUUAUACAACCAAAUUGUUCUUAAUUAAAAAAGUAAUUCAGAAAAAUUAAUUUUUCUAUUUUUAUUUGAAGCAUUUGUUAUACAUUGUGUUAUUAUUGGUUGUGAAAUGGAUUCAGGGUUACUGAGAUCUUGAAUCAGUUUGUUGUUGGUGUUAUAGGAGUAAAGCUCAUCCGACAAGUUUAGUGCAAUUCAAUAGUGGGGAUGGAUUACUCUUUGGAAAUAAAAGGACAAUAUAAUCUUUUAAGACAAAUGUCCCUUUUAAUCUUCUACGUUCUUUAUUCAAGUUUCUUGCUCAGUUGAGAAAAACAGUGAUGAGAAAAAUGGUACACCA